AUGCCGUGGAGAACACGUAUCUGGGACGAACGCUGCGACGCUGCCACGAAGGAAGACUUCCGCCACGCUGCAGCACGGCAUAAGGAACGAAGACAAGCAUUGAGAGCAGCCCAACCCAUCGAUACGAGUGCCUUUGAGCAACAGCAAGAGUCAGGGCUGCUUUCUCUGCCGCCAGAGAUCAGAAAUGUCAUCUACGAAUACGUCUUUGGUCAUGGCACAAUCCACUUGACCCAAAGAAAGUGUACGGCAGCUGACAACAUCUCGCUUCACUGGAGUGGCCCCUUUACGCGAGUGACCAGUAUCGACGAUGAGGGUCACCCGAAGCACGAACCUUACGUACAGUAUCAGAAGUCCACGUAUUCAGUCUGCCAACAUCCUGGAGAGUGGGACACGGCUUAUCGACUCAGCAAGAAGCCAUUUGCUGAGAGCAAUACUCCUGCCAAUGCAGUGUUGGACAUUGGUGUGGGCGAGUACGGACCUUCUCGUCGCAAGCUUCGCGCCUAUGCGCAUCGACAUACCAGGUGCACCAUUCCGACCUUCGAGAUGCAUGAACAGAACGGGAGAAGUGGAGAUACUGGAUGA